AAGUUAAAUUAUCGUAUCGAUAAAUAUAUCCAAAAGAAAUAGGGUAAACUAAUAAAAUCGAGGGGGAGUAAUAAGUAACCAGUGAUCGCCGGUAAAAUUUAAUAUUUGUCACCGAGGAGAGAGAAAAAUCGAAACAACAAUGGCGGAAAAUUCCGAUAAUCAGUCCUCCAUAACCAAUUCUUCAACUCCGCAACCAUCCGAAGAUGAUAUCAAGCUUCCCCAGAUACCAAGUUUUCCUCAUUUGCAACCUAUACAAUGUGGUGGUGUAAAUAUGAUACCAAUCAUGUACCCCGCAUUACUUCCAGGAUUUGGCUCUGCGCAGAAUCCAGAGCAGAUUAACCGUGGACCUGGCAUUUAUGCUGUACCAGUGCUUCCAUUUAUGGGAACUGUCACAGGGAUUCCCGCUAAUGCUCUUAUUCCUCUUACAUAUAGCACACCAACGAGAAUAACCUCUGAGGCUGGAACUGCUAGUGGGGAGCAAAGCCAGGUGGGACAGCAACAGCAGCAACCUCAGCAGCUUGGAGCUCAAAGACAGAUUGUUGUGAGGAGAUUUCAGAUUGCCUUCCAACUAGACUUGCUGCUCAUAUUAAAGUUGGCAGCUGUGAUUUUUAUAUUUAACCAAGAUGGUUCGAGACAAAGGCUUGCGCUGCUUGUGUUCUUCGCUUUUAUUGUCUACUUAUACCAGACUGGUGCUUUAACUCCACUCAUGCGCUGGGUUUCACAAGCAAUGCACAGAGCAGCUGCUCCUCCCCGGCCACUGAGACCUGCUGCUAUGGUUGAACCAAUUGUCAGACAAGGGGAUGAUAAUGCUGCUGUUGCUGCUGCUGGUGGUAAUCUAUUACUCGUAUUCUUGUACAUGCAACACAUUUUGAGUGACGCUCAACCUGGAGCAGAAAACAACAAUCCACCAGCAGAUGGCGCAGAACGUAUAGUUGAAAACGAAGCUGCACCAGAGGCAGGAGUUGAAGGCGGCAACCACUGGUGGGGUAUAGUUAAAGAGAUUCAGAUGAUAGUUUUUGGAUUCAUCACCUCCCUCCUCCCUGGAUUUCACAACUUGGAUCAUGCUUAAGGGCGUAUGGACUAACCAAAUUACUCUACCUCUAUAUGAAAUUAACUUUACAUAUAUCUGGUUAAAUCGUGUGAGAUAAAUUGUGAUCUUUAGGAAAGAAGUGGAGAUUAGCUUUAUAUACCUGUAACGUUUUUGCAGACUUCUAUCUUUCUUCCUUCCUGUGAAGCAAGGUGUAUAGAGCUAUGCUUCUUUUUUUUUUUU